ACCGGCCUCAAUUUAGCAAAGUGUUAGCGGAGGAAGGCCUUGGACAUGGCCUUGGAUAGCAACUUGCCCCUCGACUCUUCGGUUCCGGCACCACAUGAUCAGUCCUUGGGUGGCUGCCAUGGCUGGGAAGUACGCUGGAUCCAUCUCGUAUCAACCUUGGCAAUACUGUAGGUGUUCACGAGCGCGGACCUCUUACGACACCCGCAUCAUGGAGUGAUAUGCUCCGUCUAGGCGAUCCAGAUGUAGCCGGAUGGCUGUGGCAUAUAUAACCUGCUCAUGCCCUUCUGUUAUCAUUGUUUCAACAUCUAUUCCUUCCUAUCCAGCGAUACAAACGACUACAACGGGACCAGCCACACAAAAAUCAUCCAAAAUGUCUCCCCGAUCAGUAACACUACUUUCAGCCCUGCUGGCUGCCUCUUCGGUUUCAGCUGCUCCUGCUGCCCUUCAGAAGCGUGACAUGGUCACCGCGGUUAUAGACGGCCAGACAGUUUCCUGGGAGAACAACUGGUUCGGUGCCCCAGCCCCAACUGCCGCCCCCACUGCUAUCCCCAGUUCUGUUGCUGCUGCUGCUUCAUCAUCCGCCGCUGCCAACAACGCAGGUGGCCAGUGGAUAACCGCGUCGUUCGCAGGAGAGGUGUUUUCGUGGCAGGUGAAUGCUCCUACUGCUACACCAGCUGCUACUUCUGCCGCACCUGCACCCGCACAACCCACCUCUGUUGCCGCUCCUCAGCCUUCCCAAGCCGGCAACACCGACCCUUCAUGCAAGGACGUUCACAUCUUCCUUUCCAAGGGCUGGAACGAGCCUUACCCUGGUCGUCAAGGCAAGCUUGCUGGUGCAAUCUGCUACGGUCUCGAUUCUUGCGAUUACGAGGACAUUCUAUACUACAACGCCGAAGGCAGCGACUACUGCACUGCCGUCAGCGAGGGUGACAAGAACGGCAUUGAUCAGAUGACCGCAUACGCCAACAAGUGCCCUGCUUCCAAGCUCGUCUUGACUGGUUACUCUCAGGGUGCCAACAUUGCUGGUGAUAUCCUUGGUGGUGCUGACAUCUGCGCCGGCCUCAACCCUGGACUUGACCCCUCUACCAGCCCCGGUAACAAGAUCGGUGCCGCUCUUAUCUUCGGCGACAACAGACACGUUGCCGACCAGUCCUACAAUGUCCUCAACGGCUCUUCCGUCAGCUCCAACGACCCUCGCUCUCCCGACUCUCUUGCCCGCAUGAACAAGUUCGCCGGUGUCCUGAGAUCCUACUGUGACCAGGCCGAUCCUGUAUGCGCAGCUGCAGGCCCAGGACCAUUCACUGUUGACAACCACCUCAACUACUUCGACCGCUACACCGACGAUGCCGCCGGCUGGGUCAAGUACAUGCUCGGUUACUAAACAGUUCCCUUGCUCUCUUCUCUUGUCUUGAGAAUUCCUGUCGAUAUUUCAAAAAGACUGUUAUAAAAUUGUAAUUAUAAUGAGCUACUAGACUACCAA